UGUAAAAAAUUCAAUCUAACUUGAUUGAAAAUAAGGAGAUGGAUCAUCUUACUGAGUCAGGCUCCCAUCUAUAAGAUGAAGAUGAGGAUAAGGAUAUUGUGCUGAUUUCCUGCAUCAACUCUAUAGGAUAAUUCUUUCAAAAUCAUUGAAGAAUUUUACAGCAGAAUGACGGGUAAAAUUGAGGUGCAGCUUGAAUGAGAAUUUAAUUUAAGAAAAAGGGUCGAAUCUCAUUAGCAUUACGAGCAAAGUCAUUGGUUUGCACUCCAACACAGCACAACGAUGACGAUGAAGAUAAUGGUAGCCAUCAAGCGAGUGGUGGAUUACGCCGUCAAAAUCAGGGUUAACCCCGACAAGACAGGGGUGGUGACUCAGAAUGUGAAAAUGUCCAUGAAUCCCUUCUGCGAGAUCGCCCUCGAAGAGGCCCUCCGCAUCAGGGAGUCCGGCUCCGCCUCCGAGGUUGUCGCCGUCACCAUCGGCCCCUCUCACUCCGUCGACACUCUCCGAACGGGUCUCGCCAUGGGAGCCGACAGAGGCAUCCACGUCGACUACUCUGCUUCCCUCUACCCUCUCUCUGUCGCAAAGAUUCUCACAAAGCUCGUCCAGAUUGAGAACCCCGGUCUUCUCAUCCUUGGCAAACAGGCUAUUGAUGAUGAUUGCAAUCAAACAGGGCAGAUGAUAGCAGGACUCCUCAACUGGCCUCAAGGGACUUUUGCUUCAAAGGUUGUCCUUGAUAAAGAGAAACAGGUAGCCACGGUGGACAGAGAGGUUGCUGAUGGUAUCGAGACAGUGUGUCUGAACUUACCAGCAGUAAUAACCACUGAUCUGAGACUGAACCAACCAAGAUAUGCUACACUUCCCAACAUAAUGAAAGCAAAGUCGAAACCCAUAAAAAAAUUCACUCCGGAGGAGUUGAAUGUGGAAAUCAAGUCUGAUUUGGAGAUUGUUCAAGUCACAGAACCGCCCAAGAGAAAAGCAGGAGUUGUUGUUUCUUCUGUGGAUGAGCUGAUUGACAAAUUAAAACAUGAGGCUAAUGUGAUCUGAUUAUUCUCUACUUUCCUCUAAAUUGCAUCUCACCAAGGGAUGAAUAAUACUGUACCAACAUUCUGAUAUUUGAUCAAAUAACACUAUUAAAUAGUUACUGUUCCAAGGGAUCAAUAAUACUGGACUUUCCUCUAAAUUACUUUUCCAA